AUGCCGCCGCCGCCGCGCGCGGCGCUCCGCCGUCUCAUCCCCACCACCGGCCUCCACCCUCUCCGGCGCCGCGCGCCGCCGCCUCCGCCGGUGGACGAGAGCCCCCUACCCGACCCCUACGCUCUCCUCGUCCACGACCCCAUCGACCUCCUCUCCGCGCUGUGGCGCCGCGCCUUCGCGCACCCGCUCCCGGCCCCAUUCCCCAACCUCUCCGGCUACGCCUCCCGCCUCGACCUCUGGCUCCUCUCCUACCAGCGCGCCUGCGCGCACGCCACCGGCUCCUUCCCGCCGCGCCAGGCCGUCCCGCUCCCCACCCUGCACUCCCUCCUCCGCCUCCGCGCCGCCGCGCUCCGCCGCCACCCGGCCUUCCCCUGGGGCGCCUCCACGCACCUCCUCCUCCGCUCCCCCGCCGACGCCCCCUCCACCGUCCCCGUCGCGCGCCACAAGCUCGCCGCCCGCCUCGCCAACGCCCCGCCCCCGUUCCAGGACCACGUCGUCCAGGAGCUCCUCCUCCUGCUCCUCGAGCCCGUCUUCGAGCCCCGCUUCUCCCCCAAGUCCCACGCCUUCCGCCCCGGGCGCGGGCCCCACACCGCCAUCCGCUCCGUCCGCUCCGGCUUCGCCGCCUACCUCUGGUUCAUCACCGCCGACCUCACAACCGUGGUCGACGCCCUAUCAUCAGACACAAUCCUCUCCUGCGUCGACAAGUCCGUCUCCGACCGCAAGGUGCUGUCCUUGCUCAAGUCGGCGCUCAACGCGCCCGUCAGGCCCGGGUCCGUGCCGCCAAGGGAGCAGGAUCUCGACGGGCUAGCCAAGAAGAGGCUGAAAAGGAAGGUGCUCAGGAAGAGCAGGAAGAAGAAGGUGCUUAACGAGGAUGAGCCCAAGCCUGACCCAUACUGGCUGAGACUCUUCUUCGGGUUUGCCCCAGAACAGGCGUGCCAUGUCCCGGAUUAUGGGCAUUGUGGCAUACUCAGUCCUUUGCUCGCCAAUGUGUGCCUUAACGAGUUGGAUUGGUGGAUGGAGGAGAGGAUCAGCGAGUACUUCCGCCCAUCAAGGCACGAUUCGAUUUGGAAGGAGGCGGGUGACGAGGGAUGCCAUAAUCCAUCGUGGCCUGAGUUUGUUCCGUCAAGUGGGAAGGAGAAGACCAGGAAGAUGGACUUCCUUAGGUUUGGCUCUCAUGUCUUGAUCGGGGUCAGGGGGCCGAGGGAGGACGCCGUCGCGAUAAGGAGCCAGCUGAUGGAGUUUUGUGAGACAACAUUUGGUUUGAGGCCACAGAAUUCGUCGGUGGAGAUUGAGCACAUCACAAGAGGGAUCGAGUUCUUGGAUCAUGUCAUCACCCGCCGGGUCAUCUACCCGACCUUGCGAUAUACCGCCAGUGGAGGGAACAUUGUGAGCGAGAAGGGUAUUGGAACAUUGUUAUCUGUCACAGCAAGCUUGCAGAGGUGCAUAAGGCAUUUCAGGAAGCUUGAGCUUGUGAAGGGGGAUAGGGAUCCUGAGCCAUUACCGUGUUCACCGAUGCUCUACUCUGGGCAGGCGCACACUAAUUCUCAGAUGAACAAAUUUCUUGAGACCAUGGCUGAUUGGUAUAAGUAUGCAGACAACCGGAAGAAGAUUGUAGGGUUCUGCGCGUAUGUUAUAAGGAGCUCUUUGGCAAAGCUUUACGCCGCAAGGUAUAGACUCAAAUCUCGUGCUAAGGUUUACAAGAUUGCAUCGCGUGAUCUUAGCCGCCCGUUGAGGGAGAGCACAAAUAAUGAUGCACCAGAAUACUCUGAUCUCUUGAGGAUGGGAGUUGUUGAUUUUAUUGAGGGUGUACAGUUUGCACGCAUGUCGUCAAUUCCGUCAUGUGACUAUACAACUUUCCCUAGAAAUUGGGUACCUCACCAUGAACUUGUGUUACACGAGUAUAUCAAACUGCAGGAUCCAAAGUUCUUCUGCGGACUUCACAAGACAAUUAAACGACAGGAGAUAAGUUCACCACAAGAUGACGUAUCGAGGAUGGUGUGGCAUUAUAAGGUUCAUGGUGUUUAUGAUAAUAACAGGACCUCAAAGAAAGUAAAUGAAUGGAGGAGUAAUGAUGAAGCUGUCAGUGGGGACACACAACUCCUGUUGGAUGAGUAGUCAUAUCUUCUGUAUCAUUUGUCGAAAUACUGAUGGGUGAUACAUCGAUUAGACAUCAGCAAUGAAGAAAUACGUUUUGAGCAAAUGGUCAUGGACUCCUAAUUGUGUGGUCAGUAUACUGAUGGUUGAUGUAUCAACUGACUUACCAGCUAAAGCCCAAGAAAUGCAUCAUCUACAAAUAUUUGGAUACGCAAGGGUGCAUGUUUGAACAUUUACUUAAAUACUACACCUGAUC